AUAGUAGUGGUUAUCUGCAAAUAGUAGUUAAAAAUCAGGAAUUAAUUGCCGAAUUAAAAGGAAGAAAAAGAGGAGACUUGUUAAAAAUAUCAGGGCAAUUAAAAAAAAAAACUGGUUCUGACAAAGAAAUGGAGUUAGAAUUAAGCCAGUGGCAACUAAUCAACCAGAGCAAGGAAUUACCGUUUGAAAUUAAGGACGAAGUUAAUAUUAAUGAGGAUACUCGCUACCGCUACCGUUAUUUAGAUUUGCGUCGUCCCCACAGCAAAAAUCUUUUGUUAAUCAAAGACCAAUUUUUGUAUGAAAUAAGGAAUUUUCUUCAUAAACAAAAAUUUGUUGACAUUGAAACACCAAUUUUAGCCCAAAGUUCGCCCGAAGGGGCUAAUUGUUUUUUGGUUCCUUCUAAUCUGAAAAAUCGUUACUAUACCUUGCCACAGUCGGCCCAGAUAUUUAAGCAGUUAUUAAUGGUGAGUAGUUUUGACAAAUAUUACCAAAUUGCCAAGAGUUUCCGGAACGAGGACGCCCGCAGUAAUCGCCAAAUUGAGUUUUCUCAAUUAGAGUUAGAAAUGAGCUUUGUUACUUUUCCAGAAAUUAAACAAUUUAUUGAAAGGCUUCUGAAAAAUGUUUUAAAAAAAGUUUUUGGUUAUCAAAUAAAAGUUCCUUUUUCUACCUUGACUUACCAACAAGUAAUGAAAAAGUAUGGCACUGAUAAGCCUGAUUUACGAAAAAACCCAAAAAAUGAGCAAGAGUUGAAGACUAAAAAAUAUGAGCCUUUUCGUCAUCCUUUUACUACCCCACAAGAAAAGUAUAUUCAACCUUUACUAGCUAACAAAAUUAAGCCGGAGCAAGUAAUCUGUGAGGCCUUUGACUUAGUUUGUAAUGGUGAAGAAUUAUUAAGUGGCAGCAUUCGUAUUUAUCAGCGAGAAUUACAAGAAAAAGUAUUGGAAAUACUAGGAUAUGGCCAAGCUGAUCAAGAAAAAAACUUUGGUUAUUUCUUGCAAGCCUUAGAGUUUGCGGCCCCUCCACAUGGCGGA